AUGGACGUAGUGACCAGAUGGAACAGUACCCUGGACAUGAUUGAAAGGAUUUGCUUACUUCAAGAACCUUUAGAAGCGUCUCUUGGAAUCCUACAUAAUCCAGUAGAAAAUCUUUUGGAAGCUGAAUGGCAGACACUGCCAGAAAUAAUAAAAAUUCUUAAGCCAUUCAAGCAACUCACUGAAGAAAUGUCUUCAGGAAAAAAAGUUACUGUUUCAAUGAUCAUAGCUUCGACAGAAAGUAUGCUUAGUAUUUUGUACAAUUUAGAAACAAAUAUUAUUACAGAUACCGGGAAAAAACUGGCAAAUAAAAUUUCAACAGAAUUUAAAAUUAGGUUUAAGAAUUGUUACAGGCACCCAGUGUUAUCUAAAGCAGCAUUGUUAGACCCGCGUUUUAAGAAGCUGGCAUUUAGGUUUGAUGCGUCAAGUUAUGAGUCUGCCAAAGAUGCAUUGAAAACUGAGCUGCAAAACGAAUUUAACUUUAAUAAUCAGCCAAUAGAAGCUAACGAGAACGAAUUGAUAUUAGCUACAUCUACUGGUGACACCGACGCUAAUAACGACUCUAUCUGGAUAGAUUUUGACACUUCGGUCAUCGACAGAUUAUAUUAUGGCAACGGUGAAAAUGAUAGAAAUUACAAUAACCGUUUCGGCGAACAUGAACAGUUGCAACCUGAAAGACAGAAGAAAAUAAAUAAAAAAGAGCACAAAACUAGCCUUGAUAUCGAAAUCGUUCAGACGCCUGCAGAGCCAGUUCCUGAAAACAAUAUUCCUGUUAAUUCUGGAAUUUCUACCAGUCAAAGUAAAUUACAAAGAAGAGCUCCUGCCUGGCAGAAAGACUAUAUGCUAGAAGAAUCUUCGUCUUCUGAUGAGUACCAGGAAUUAGCAGACGAAAUUAGCAGAUGA